AUGCCCAGGCUGCACGCAAGCUGGACCCAUGGAAACGCGCUCACCGUGGAGUCGCCGGAGAACCUCAACCGAGUUGGUCAUCAAGGCUGGGGCGCGGACAUGUCCGUCAAAGCCGGCAAAUCAAGCUGGUUUCAUAUUGCUCUUCCCACACCCGUUAUUGUCGACGAUGUCCGAACGAAAUUAACCAAAGUCUUCCUCCUUUUCAGCGGCGAAGGGGGCCAGAUCCGCGAAGUACACGUCUACGAUGGCUCGUCAAAGGUUCAGGAGUUCAAGCAGCUCUUCCUUAGCGGGGAACAUCGCCUGGCACUGGAUGGUGCAAAUACGUUCAACCUGGCGACUCCGCAUACCGUGGUUUGGGGUAUCGGCAUUACGUUCUCGUUCACUGCCAGUAUCGGCUUUGACAGCCAGAUCCCGCCUUCCAGAUUGAUUCUCGCUGCCGCUGGGGGCGACUUCGUGGCAUGA